AUGUUAGAUGUAAUGGCCAUUAAGCGAAUUUUGUGAAGAAUAAUGAGGUGAAAAUUAAUUAAAAUUUUAUGGGAUGGAAAUAAAAUUUUGGUAAGUUUUCAAGCUUUGGAGGAAAAAUUUAGUUGUUUUGAAGCAAAGCUUUUGAGGAAGAAAAAUUUUAGAUGUUGAAAUUAUGAGGGAAAAAUUGGAAAAUUGGGAGUUGAAAGGAAAAAGGGUUUUAAACACCGGCUAAGCUUGAAAUUAAUAUAUGGCGUAAAAUUUUGCUGCUGCGGAGUUUAG